AGGCCCCGCUGCGUCUUCCCAGCCGCAGGCGCAGGCCCAGCCGAGCGGCCGCCGAGCGGGUGCGGGUGCGGGUGCGGGCGCACCGGCCAUCACCGCGCGGCCGCGCAGCGGACACCGUGCUCACCGGCCUGCGGCGCCCCGCCACCGGGGCGGACCGCCGAACCCGAGGCCAUGUCCCAUGAAAAGAGUUUUUUGGUGUCUGGGGACAACUAUCCUCCCCCCAACCCUGGAUAUCCGGGGGGGCCCCAGCCACCCAUGCCCCCCUAUGCUCAGCCUCCCUACCCUGGGGCCCCUUACCCUCAGCCCCCUUUCCAGCCCUCACCCUACGGUCAGCCAGGGUACCCCCAUGGCCCCACCCCCUAUCCCCAAGGGGGCUACCCACAGGGCCCCUACCCCCAAGGGGCCUACCCACAGGGCCCCUACCCCCAAGAGGGCUACCCACAGGGCCCCUACCCCCAAGGGGGCUACCCCCAGGGGCCAUAUCCCCAGAGCCCCUUUCCCCCCAACCCCUAUGGACAGCCACAGGCCUUCCCAGGACAAGACCCUGACUCACCCCAGCAUGGAAACUACCAGGAGGAGGGUCCCCCAUCCUACUAUGACAACCAGGACUUCCCUGCCACCAACUGGGAUGACAAGAGCAUCCGACAGGCCUUCAUCCGCAAGGUGUUCCUGGUGCUGACCCUGCAGCUGUCGGUGACCCUGUCCACGGUGGCUGUGUUCACUUUUGUUGGGGAGGUGAAGGGCUUUGUCCGGGACAACGUCUGGACCUACUAUGUCUCCUAUGCUGUCUUCUUCAUCUCCCUCAUCGUCCUCAGCUGUUGUGGGGACUUCCGGCGAAAGCACCCCUGGAACCUUGUUGCACUGUCGGUCCUGACCGCCAGCCUGUCGUACAUGGUGGGGAUGAUCGCCAGCUUCUACAACACCGAGGCAGUCAUCAUGGCCGUGGGCAUCACCACAGCCGUCUGCUUCACGGUCGUCAUCUUCUCCAUGCAGACCCGCUACGACUUCACCUCGUGCAUGGGUGUGCUCCUGGUGAGCAUGGUGGUGCUCUUCAUCUUCGCCAUCCUCUGCAUCUUCAUCCGGAACCGCAUCCUGGAGAUUGUGUACGCCUCGCUGGGCGCUCUGCUCUUCACCUGCUUCCUGGCAGUGGACACCCAGCUGCUGUUGGGGAACAAGCAGCUGUCCCUGAGCCCGGAAGAGUACGUGUUUGCCGCGCUGAACCUGUACACAGACAUCAUCAACAUCUUCCUGUACAUCCUCACCAUCAUUGGCCGCGCCAAGGAGUAGCCCAGCUCCAGCUCUCUGUGCCCGCUCAGGUGGCAUGGCUGGCCUGGACCCUGCCCCUGGCACGGCAGUGCCAGCUGUCCUUCCCCUCUCUCUUGUCCCCAGGCACAGCCUGGGGCAGAGGACGCCCCUCUCCAACCCUCCCAUAUGUACACUGCAGAUACUUCCGUUUGGACCCGCUGUGGCCACAGCAUGGCCCCUUUAGUCCUCCCGCCCCUCCAAGGGGCAACAAGGCCACGUUUCUGUGCCACCUCCUGUCUACUCAUUGUUGCAUGAGCCCUGUCUGCCAGCCCACCCCAGGGACUGGGGGCAGCACCAGGUCCCGGGGAGAGGGAUUGAGCCAAGAGGUGAGGGUGCACGUCUUCCCUCCUGUCCCAGCUCCCCAGCCUGGCGUAGAGCACCCCUCCCCCCCACCCUGGAGUGCUGCCCUCUGGGGACAUGCGGAGUGGGGUCUUAACCCUGUGCUGAGCCCUGAGGGCAGAGAGGACGGCAUGUUUCAGGGGAGGGGGAAGCCUUCCUCUCAAUCUGCUGUCAGUGAAAUUCCAAUAAAUGGGAUUUGCUCUCUGCC